AUGUUUAACACAAGCAUUGUGGUGCAGGAUGUUGUAGAAAUGCCAAAUUCUAUCUCUGGUCCAGAAAAGAUGGAAGAGGUCAAUGAGUUUGGCGAGGGCAACUCUGACAGGGGUUUUAGGGAUUCAUUGACCCAACACUCAGAGGGCGUUUUGAUAACACAUGUAUCAAAUGCAGACCUUGAAGUUUCUGAGACUUGCUGUGAAGGUGAAUUGUUGAACAAAUCAUGCAAAUGCACUUCCCAGGAAAUUUGCAAUUCGGUUUCUAGAAAAACUUUUGAGGUUUCAUCGAAAUUUGUCUCUCAAAAUUCAUCUUGCCAUGUGAAGAUGGGAGAAACUUGCAGUGCUUGUGAUGAUCUUAAAAUGUGCACCGAUGAGCCAGACCUUACUUCAGAUUCUCUGCAAAAGAAUGAUUCUUUUCCCUUCAUUCAAAAUCAAACCUCAGAAGAUCUGUCAAAAGGUAUUCAUGUUCGUAGCCACAAUUAUCAUUCAGUCGGUGAAGAGGUUUGUAGAGGUUCUUCUCCAUCUAUAACUCGAGAUGAAAAUGAAAAUUACCCAGAAGAUAUUAUACCUGUGCCUGAUUGCAAAAGCAAAGAUAAAAAGCUAUCAUCUGGCCAGCGUGCUGGACGCAGGCCUAAGAAGCAUAGGCAUGGAGAUAUGGCUUGAGGGGAUGCUGAUUGGGAGAAUUUAUUAAAUGAGAAAGGUUUUCUCGAAAGUCAGGGUGUUAUAGAGAGUGAGCAUUCUUUUGGAACAAGAGUGAAGUGUGAUACAUCUUCAAAUACUUCUGCGGAGAUGAUUGAAAAUGGUGGUGCAGCAGCAGUAUCAGCUGGACUGAAAACUCAUGCAGUUGGUCCAGGUGAGAAGAUUAAAUUUAAGGAGGUCUUGAAGCGGAAAGGUGGCCUCCAGGAAUAUUUGGAGUACAGGAAUCAGAUAUUAAGUCUUUGGAGUAAAGAUGUUAGCCGCAUUUUACCACUUGCUGACUGUGGGGUCUCUGAUACUUCUUUUGAGGGUGAGCCACCACGCGCUACACUUAUUAGGGAGAUCUAUGCAUUUCUUGAUCAUAAUGGUUAUAUAAAUGUUGGAAUUGCUUCUGAGAAGGAGAGAGCAGAAACUAAUGCUAGGCAUAACUAUCAGCUUCUGAAACAAAAAAAUAUUGAGGAGACUUCUGGAGCUACAGUUGCAGAUUUAGAGGAUGGAGUUUCUUUUAUUGUUGGUCAGGUUAAGAGUUCUGAAACUUCAAUGGAAGCAAAGAGUGAUGUUAUUAUUGAAAAUGAAAAGCAGAUGUGUGAAGCUACUAAAGAUAAGAGACGUGGUACUCCGGUUGCACUUGAAUUAUCUGAUAUGAUAGAACGUGAAGAAUGCCUAAGUACUGGUCCAUCAUGUGAAAUGCUGGAUAGUGGAACAGACCCUGCCAUCACACCUGAGCUAAAGAAUGACUCACGUACCAUUUGUUCCUCAGAUGAUCACAUUAAGGGGACUCACUCUCUGCAAUGUGAUUCAGAGUUCAGAAAGAAAAUCAUUGUUGUAGGAGCUGGUCCUGCUGGCUUAACUGCUGCACGCCAUUUGCAACGUCAGGGUUUUUCUGUAACCAUUCUUGAAGCUAGGAGCAGGAUAGGGGGUAGAGUCUUCACAGACUGUUCAUCUCUGUCUGUUCCAGUGGAUCUUGGUGCUAGCAUUAUUACUGGUGUUGAGGCUGAUGUGGCCACUGAAAGAAGACCAGAUCCUUCCUCAUUGGUUUGUGCUCAAUUGGGCCUUGAGUUGACUGUAUUAAAUAGUGAUUGCCCUCUUUAUGAUAUUGUUACGGGUCAAAAAGUUCCUGCUGUUCUGGAUGAAGCAUUGGAAGCAGAAUACAACAGCCUUCUUGAUGAUAUGGUGUUGCUUGUUGCCCAACAGGGGGAACAUGCAAUGAGAAUGUCUCUUGAGGAUGGCUUAGAAUAUGCCCUUAUGAGGCGUCGUUUGGCACGAUUAGGAACAAGGGAAGAAACUGAAGUGCACAGUUCAGUGAAUGCUUUCUUUGAUGCUGAAAAAGGUAGCGUUGAUGGCAGUUUUCCACAGAGGCAUUGCUCUAAAGAAGAGAUUUUGACACCUCUGGAGAGGAGGGUUAUGGAUUGGCAUUUUGCAAACUUAGAGUAUGGCUGUGCUGCUCGGCUUAAGCAAAUAUCUCUUCCCUACUGGAACCAAGAUGAUGUUUAUGGAGGAUUUGGAGGAGCUCAUUGUAUGAUUAGGGGUUACAGCACUGUUAUUGAGUCUCUUGGAGAAGGACUUGCCAUUCACCUGAACCAUGCGGUCACAGAUAUUUCAUAUGACACCAAGGACUCUGGAACUAAUGGUAGUCAGUGUUAUAGAGUCAAAGUUUCUACGUCAAAUGGCAGUGGAUUUUUUGGAGAUGCUGUCCUAGUUACAGUGCCACUUGGAUGCUUGAAAGAAGAAACCAUAAAGUUUUCCCCACCUUUGCCCCAAUGGAAGCAUUUUUCAAUCCAGCGGCUUGGUUUUGGAGUUCUUAAUAAAGUGGUUUUGGAGUUUCCAGAAGUGUUUUGGGAUGAUUCUGUGGAUUACUUUGGAGCAACUGCAGAGGACACAAACCGGAGGGGCCAGUGCUUCAUGUUCUGGAAUGUCAGGAAAACAGUUGGGGCUCCUGUUCUUAUAGCUUUAGUGGUUGGCAAGGCAGCUAUAGAUGGCCAAAAUAUGAGCUCAUCUGAUCAUGUAAACCAUGCGUUAAUGGUUCUCCGUAAACUUUUUGGAGAGGCUUCAGUUCCUGAUCCGGUUGCAUCGGUAGUGACAGACUGGGGCAGGGAUCCUUAUAGCUAUGGUGCUUACUCCUAUGUUGCAGUUGGAGCAUCUGGAGAAGAUUAUGAUUUAUUGGGCAGGCCUGUAGAUAACUGUUUGUUUUUUGCUGGUGAAGCCACCUGUAAGGAGCAUCCUGACACAGUUGGUGGUGCAAUGAUGAGUGGGCUACGGGAAGCAGUGCGUAUAAUUGACAUAUUCAGUAGUGGGCAUGAUUACACUGCAGAAGUAGAGGCAAUGGAGGCUGUACAUAGACACAGUGACUUUGAGAGAGAUGAAGUUAGGGACAUAACAAAGAGGCUUGAUGCAGUCGAUAUAUCUAAUGUUCUAUACAAGAACUCUUUGGAUGGAGCACAUAUUUUGACAAGGGAAGCUUUAUUACAGGAGAUGUUCUUUAAGGCAAAAACCACUGCUGGACGAUUGCACGUGGCCAAAGAGUUAUUGGAUCUUUCCGUUGAAACCUUGAAAUUCUUUGCUGGGACCAAAGAAGGGCUUACUACACUCAACUCAUGGAUACUGGACUCAAUGGGGAAGGAUGGGACUCAACUCUUGCGGCACUGUGUUCGUCUACUUGUGCUUGUUUCAACUGAUUUACUUGCUGUGCGCUUGUCAGGCAUAGGGAAAACAGUGAAAGAAAAAGUUUGUGUACAUACUAGCCGUGAUAUACGUGCAGUAGCAAGUCAGCUGGUUAAUGUGUGGCUCGAAGUCUUUCGCAAGGAAAAAGCUUCUAAUGGUGGAUUAAAGUUGAGGCAAGGAAGUGCUGUAGAUUCAGCAAGGAGAAAAUCUCUUAAAGAUCCAUUAAUAGGAAAGCCGCCUCUGCACACACAUCAUGGUGCUUUAGAGAAUAAAGGAGGCUUGCAGGUCUUUGCAUCUGCUGGAAGUCAUUUACAUUUGAAUGCAAAUGUGAAGAAAGUGAGUGGUAGAGCAGUCAAACUCGAAGCUGCAAAUGACUCAAAAUUGGAUUUUACAUCAAGGUCCCAAGGUCCAACAGACACACUGGAUACUGAGCCCGAGGACAGCAACACUGCUAUUUCUGAAGAAGAACGAGCUGCCUUUGCAGCUGCAGAAGCAGCUCGUGCGGCAGCACUUGCAGCUGCUGAGGCAUAUGCGUCAGAGGCCAAGUGUAACACAUCGUUGCAGCUACCUAAGAUACCGUCAUUUCACAAGUUUGCUAGACGGGAUCAAUAUGUCCAGAUUGAUGAAUUUGAUACUCGAAGGAAGUGGUCUGGUGGUGUUUUGGGAAGACAAGAUUGUAUAUCAGAAAUAGACUCCAGGAACUGCAAAGUUAGGAACUGGUCAGUUGAUUUUUCUGCUGCUUGUGUGAACUUUGAUAGUUCAAAAGUUUCGGCGGAUAACCUCUCACAGAGGAGCCAUUCAAAUGAGAUUGCUAGCCAUUUGAACUUCAGAGAGCACUCUGGGGAAAGCGUGGCUGUGGACAGCAGUAUUUAUACUAAAGCAUGGGUUGAUUCGGCUGGCAGUGUCGGGAUAAAGGACAACCAUGCCAUUGACAGAUGGCAAUCUCAAGCAGCUGCUGCCGAUUCUGAUUUCUUUUGCUCAAAUGAGGAAGAUUCGAACACAAGUUGGAGACUACCCACCUGGAAGCAUGAUAGACUGGCAAAUGAGAGUUCUAUCUCACAAGUUACAGUAAACAAGGAAUCUGUAAAAAAUCAUCCUCGAGGGGCAGAUCGCAUUAAACAGGCUGUUGUAGAUUAUGUUGCAUCAUUGCUCAUGCCCCUUUAUAAGGCAAGAAAAAUUGAUAAGGAGGGAUACAAGUCAAUUAUGAAGAAAACUGCAACUAAGGUCAUGGAGCAGGCCAGUGAUGCAGAGAAAUUCAUGGUUGUUUCAGAGUUUCUUGAUUUCAAGCGCAAGAACAAGAUCCGUUCCUUUGUGGACAAAUUGAUUGAGAGGCACAUGGCAAUCAAGUCAGACGUGAAAUCUUGAUGAUCUAAAGGAUUGUGACCUAUUUUGAGUUCAUUAAUGUGCAAGAUUUUGAGAAGUCUGGGGGAGUUCUCGGCAUAUGUUGGCAGUGGUGGGAUGGAGGUUCUUUUAUUGGUGUUUCAUUAAAAAGGGUGGUAUGCUGUUAAUAGGGGUGUAAUCUGAACAGGCUACUCAACAGGUAGCUGGAAUUCAACUCGGUUAAACACGACUCGUGCUCGAUUCGUUUAUUAAAUGAGCUCGUUCGUGAAUAUGAAAUAAUGAUCGAUUAUUAAAUGA